AGGAUUGGCUGGGGCAGGGCGGAGGUGGGUUGAGGAGAGCUCGGAGACAGGCUCUCGGUGUUUGGGCUUAGAACCGGCACCAGGGCAAGGCCGCCCGGAGGCAGCCGUGGACGCUGAGCGGCGUUAGCCGAAGAGAGCUGUAUUAUUUCCAGGACUCAUGCUGAUUCCUUACAAUUAUCAGAGAAGAUGGAUAAGAGAUUGAAGGAAAUAAGGAGGUGGAAGGUAUUAGAGAUCUUUCCCAAAUAGAUGUAGGAAGUUUUUCCAGUGAUCUACUGGUCCACCAGUAAUAUAUCCUUCCAAUUGAUAUGUUUCUGACGAAACCCACAGCAAGCAGAAGAGUCUUUGAACCUUUCCCUGCUUUGGAAUCCUGGAUUCUUAACUGCUCCUUCAGAAGCUUCUCGGAGCUGGAGGAGGAAGAAGGAGGGGGAAGGAGUGGAUUUGCAGCUGUUCCACUCGACUUGUCCCAUCUUGUCCUUGGUGUGGGAAGCUAGAAAACUCAAGGAAGUUGCCGCAUGUGGACUCUUUGAGACAAAAUGCUUUCUCUGAAGAAAUAUUUCACAGAAGGACUGAUCCAGUUCACCAUUCUUCUCAGUUUGAUCGGUGUGAGAGUGGACAUAGAUACCUAUCUUAACUCACAUCUUCCCCCUCUUCGGGAGAUCUUUCUGGGCCAGAGCUCGGCUUACACCCAGACACAGUUCCACAACCUGCGGAACACUUUAGAUGGCUAUGUCAUCCAUCCCAAAAGUGUAGAUCUGGACUACUAUUUUACAGCUCGCCGGCUUCUUAACCAGGUAAGGGCCCUGGACAGGUUUCAGGUGCCCACCACUGAAGUUAGUGCCUGGUUGGUACAUCGAGAUCCUGAAGGUUCUGUCUCUAGUGCCCAACCCAGUACUGGUAUUGCCCUUGAGAAUGGCAGUGGCUUACAAGAUGGAACUGUUCCAGAGAGUGUAGCCAGGGAAAACGGAGCGGAACAAGGAUUUGGUGAAGAGUUGGAAGAUCUAGGUGCGGUGGCCCCUCCAGUGAAUGGUGAUCUAACCAAAGAGGAUAUUGAUUUAAUUGACAUCCUGUGGAGACAAGAUAUUGACCUUGGAGCUGGGCGUGAGAUUUUUGACUACAGCCACCGUCAGAAGGAGAACGAAGUGGACAAAGAACCGAAUAAUGGGGAGGAGUAUGGGGAUGGCUGGAGGAACAGAGGCGGCAGCGUUGCAGAAAGGGCCUUGCUAGUGGAUGGUGAGACAGGGGAGAGCUUCCCUGCACAGGCACCUGGGGUUGAGGACCAGACAGCCUUGUCCUUGGAGGAGUGCCUUAGGCUGCUGGAGGCCACAUUUCCCUUUGGGGAAAAUUCAGAGUUUCCAGCUGCAGAUGCCCCCUGCCUAACUGAAGCUCUGCCUAGUGAGAGUGGACCUUCCAUUGUGCCAGACGGGCUCUUGUCACCUCUUCCGACAGAGACUGAGUUGCCCUUUGACCUGGAACAGCAGUGGCAGGACCUCAUGUCUAUUAUGGAAACACAGGGCAUGGAGAUGAACAGCACGACUGCCUCAGAGAACCUGUACAAUGGCACAGCUGGUGACAUCCUGGCAACAAACUACACCCUUGCCCCAUCUACUCCCAUCAACCAGAAUGUCAGUCUGCAUCAGGCAUCACUGGGUGGUUGCACACAGGACUUCCCUUCUCUGUUCAGCUCUGAGAUUGAGAGCCCUUCAGGGGCUGGCAGUUCGGCUUUGUUGCAGCUGGUCCCUGACAAUUCCACUGGUUUUAACACUACCUUUGGCUCUACCAACCUGAGUGGAAUCUUCUUUCCUCCCCAGCUAAAUGGCACUGUAAAUGAAACAUCUGGAUCAGAACUCCCAGAUCCUCUGGGGGGACUUCUGGAUGAAGCCAUGCUAGAUGAGAUCAGUUUGAUGGACUUGGCUAUCGAAGAAGGUUUCAACCCAGUGCAGGCCUCUCGCCUGGAGGAGGAAUUUGAUUCUGACUCAGGGCUCUCCUUGGACUCGAGCCAUAGCCCUGCUUCUCUUAGCAGCUCAGAAGCAUCAUCAUCAUCUUCAUCAUCAGCCUCUUCAUCCUUUUCUGAAGAAGGGGCUGUGGGCUAUAACUCUGACUCUGAAAAUGUGGACUUUGAAGAUGCAGAAGGGGCUGUUGGGUAUCAGCCAGAGUACAGCAAGUUCUGUCGUAUGAGUUACCAGAAUCCUUCUCAGUUGCAAUAUCUGCCUUAUCUGGAGCAUGUGGGUCAUAACCACACCUACAACAUGGUUCCCAGGACCUUAGAUGCUGAUGAGCCACAGCCAGCCAGCCUGAGCAAAAAGAGCGCCAAGGAAAAACAGGCAGACUUUCUGGAUAAGCAGAUGAGCAGAGAUGAACACCGAGCCCGAGCCAUGAAGAUUCCUUUUCCCAAUGAGAAGAUCAUCAACUUGCCUGUAGAGGAAUUUAAUGAACUCCUGUCUAAGUACCAGCUGAGUGAGGCCCAGCUGAGUCUCAUCCGGGACAUCCGGAGACGGGGCAAGAACAAGAUGGCUGCCCAGAACUGUCGGAAGAGAAAGCUGGACACUAUCCUCAACCUGGAAAGAGAUGUGGAGGAUUUGCAGAGAGACAAGUCAAAGCUGCUCAGGGAGAAAGUGGAGUUCCUCAGGUCCAUACGUCAGAUGAAGCAAAAGGUGCAGAGCCUUUACCAGGAAGUGUUUGGACGCCUGCGGGAUGAGAAUGGCCAGCCCUACUCCCCAAGUCAGUAUGCCCUACAGCAUGCCAGUGAUGGCAGUGUUAUCCUAAUACCACGCUCCUUGGCUGACCAGCAGGGCAGGCGUCAAGAGAAGAAACAGAAAGACAGGAGGAAGUGAGAGAUAAUGAAUGACAGAAAGAAAAUGCAAAACUUGAUGAAGUGACAUCCUGGAGAAGGGCUGAGCCCGGAAGAAUUUGAAGGAACUUUCAUGCCUUCGUAUCCAAUAUAUCUUCUCAAACCAUGAUAGCUGCCAGUCAAGUGUAUAGGAGCAGACUGUUCGGCAGGGGGCCUACAAGUCUUUGGAGGCAGAAUGACAAAGCAUGUUGGGAAAGACCUGUGCCCCCACAUCCUGGCACCCAUUGCUGAACGUUGGGGAGGGGGGAGCUAGCUGGCAUAAUGUGUGUGGGGAGGGGGAUGAGUCACAGCAGAGAAUAGAGAAUCUGAAUUAUUAAAGGUGGCUUUUUUGUUUUGAAAGGGAAAAAAAUAAGUGGGCAAACUGAGCAGAUUUAAGAGAGGUUUUAUUUUUCCCUUUGAACUUCCAAAACUUGGGUAUUUCAGGUUGCUGGGCUUAUUUUUAGAACCAGCUUUGACAUCUGUUGUGUGCAAUUUGAAAACACAACUGAAUCCCAUGAUGUAGCCAUCACUGCUUCCUAGAUCUGUGUGUGCUAUGACAGGUGGAGCCCAGGAGUGUUGUUUCUAAGAAAGAAGAAAGGAGCUCUUAGGUUUGAGGGGAAGUGAGAGAUUUCAAUUGAAGGAAUUGAUGGCUUCAGCGUUUACCAUAAAUGUUGGGAGGGAGGGUCUGGAAAAUGUUAGUAAAUUACCAUGGUGAUGUAUCUUCCCACUGCCCCUUUGCACAACAAUCAAGAACUCACUAAGCAUGUCACUGCCCACAGUGAGGAGCCAGUAUUCCACUGGAUCACCAUCAAGAUGCAUUACAAGACAGCACAUGAUAAAAUGCAUGCUACAUGCUGUCUGUUUCCACUGAUUGGCUUGAAGGGACUAAGAAGUGUAUGGGUCAAGUGUAAAGACUUCACCUUUAACUAGGUGGGAUUUGUAAGAUGGGAGUCUGAUGCGUGAUCGUCAUCACUUGAUCUUCAACACAGUAGCUUUUGCUCCCAUAAAGUGGGCACAUUUGUUGAACGAAUAGUCAUCUGUGGCAAGCCCCUUUCUUUAAUGGGCACUUUGAUUAAUUUAUUAUUUUUUUAGGACUCUGGGCUCCUAUAUUAUCUCCCUUUCCCUCUAGGGCUGUAGGAUGAACUUAUAGUAUGCAUGUAGGAAAGAAGGGAGAUGUUUCCUCCAGAUGUUCAAAGCUGCUGAAAGUUCUUUCUGCUAGAAAGACUCAGUGUGUUAACUGUGAUUCCACAGCUCACUUUCCUUCUGUCUUUGGGUGUCAUUCCAACUUUCCCCUUCCCUCCCCCCUUUUGCUUUAAAAAAAUAAGGUGAAGGGUGAGGGUAGUGCCUUGAACACAGCUGGCCUCAGGCUCUGAGGCAAUCCUCAGAGCUGUUAACCUGCAGUAUAGCACAGCUGGGAGUAUUAUUGACAUUACCAGCAACUGAUGGCCUAAAUGGCUUUGGUUUUUCCCAGCCCGUUAGUCCUGUGUAUGUGAUGAUGUGUGAGGGCAUAGCACUGAAAUGGGCAUCCUCCAGAGGGUUGUAGGGGGUAGGUAUGAAGCACUGUUUAUUCAGUAAAGAGCAAUUUUUUUUGCCGCCAAAUGUUCCAUAUGAUUUUGCUUUUGGGAGACCGUGAUUUCUUGCAGGGAGAACCAGGAGAGUGGGUGAGAGGAAAACAAGGUUGGGUCUCUUCCACUUCUCUUGCGACUUGACAGAAUGACAUUUGAAGCACAAAAUGUGUUGGAGCUGUGGCUGGGUUGCUGGAUGGUUAGGAUGGAGCCCUGAUGUGUGCAUGUGUUAAUUUAUAUUUUCCUUUUGAGGUUUUACUUUGAGUGGUUUCAGUGACCUGAUGGGGAAGAGGAGAGAGAGUGCGUGAGUACAGGACAAAAAUAAAAUGGCUUAUUCACUAUU